AUGCGUUAUCUUGGGUAUACAUACACUUGUACUGUCCAAUUUGUCCCGAAAUGUUUAUUCCAACCUGUUGAAGCAGGUUGCGUAAUUGGAUCCGUAAUCUCAAGCAAGUUUAUUACCUCCUACUCAGUCCCCCAAUCCUCCAACAUCUCCCACAUCUCCGCCAUCUCCGCCCUCUACUCCUCCUCCUCCCUCUCCUCCCCUUCCUCCCUCACCUCUCUCUCCGCCCUCUCCAUCUCCGAUGAAACACACCAAGUCAUGUCCAUAAUCACCACUAAGAGGCUCAUCACUGGCACCAAGCGUCACACUCACUGCGCAAUUUGCUACAAGAAAUUCUCCCGACCAACGCUGCUCGUUCGUCAUCUCAAAGUCCAUUCCAACCGACGCCAACUUGGAUGCCCAAACCAAUCCAAGAGCUGCAUCCCAGCCGACAGCACCGGCACAACCAAUGAGAAGCCUUCGAUGUGUGAAUUGCGUAGUGACAAUGCCAUUGCCUCAUCCAGUCUCAUUCACUACACGAAACACAGGCAUGCUCUUCCACCUCCUUCUCCACCACAUUCUCCGCCACAUUCUUCACAUGCGCCUCAUCCUCCGCCCCUUCCUCAAUCACCACACAAUCACCCUCGCCCUCCUCACACUAAUACUCCUCCUCCUCCUCCUCCU